AUGACUGCACACGACUUCCCCAGUGCCCACGUUGCCGACCAUGCCGGCAUGGAUAUUAUCCUUGUGGGCGACAGCUUGGCCAUGGUUGCGCUUGGUAUGGAAGACACGAGCGAAGUUGUGGUAGAAGAAAUGCUGCUUCAUUGCCGCUCUGUCGCAAGAGCCACCAAGUCCGCAUUUACUGUUGGUGAUUUACCCAUGGGCAGCUAUGAAAUAGCUCCGGAACAGGCUCUGGAAACUGCCAUCCGCUUCGUCAAAGAGGGCCGCGUGCAAGGCGUGAAGCUCGAGGGUGGCAAGGAGAUGGCUCCCACAAUCCAGAAGAUCACGUCCGCGGGCAUCCCCGUUCUCGCGCACGUGGGACUGACACCGCAACGGCAGAACGCCCUUGGCGGCUUCAGAGUGCAAGGCAAGACUUCCGACGGGGCCCUGAGGCUUCUUGAGGAUGCACUCGCCGUACAAGAGGCCGGUGCUUUCGCCAUGGUCAUCGAGGCUGUUCCCGCUGAAGUCGCAGCACUUGUCACGGAAAAGCUCUCUGUCCCAACCAUUGGCAUUGGCGCCGGCAAUGGCUGCUCCGGCCAGGUCUUGGUGCAAGUCGACAUGACCGGAAACUUCCCUCCCGGCCGAUUCCUGCCAAAGUUCGUCAAGAAGUACGGCGACGUCUGGAGCGAGAGUCUUCGUGCUAUCGAGACCUAUCGGGACGAGGUGAAGAGCCGACAGUAUCCUGCACCCGAGCACACCUAUCCCAUCUCCAAGGAGGCGCUUGACGAAUUUACCAGCGCUUUGGAAAAUUUGUAA